UUAAAUAAUAUGAUGAAGUUUUAUAUAAAAAUUUUGAAUUCCGUGUGGAUAGUGCUGAUACUUAACUUUACAAAAAAUGUAAAAGCCGGUCAGUGCUCGUUUGAAGUGGAGAGAUGUGGUUGGGGAUAUAUUCAAACAGUUAAUAGCUUCGACUGGAGUGUUGGAGACUGUAACCGUUUGACACACAAGAUCACAGACAACAAAGUAAGUUGUGCGCAUAUCGGACUUGGACUGGAGGUGGUAGAACGCAGAGCACUGUUGAGGCUACCUCUGAACCUUACUUCUGCUGUUAUCUCAUUUCAAUUUUUUAUUAACACUGGUGCUGGAGGUAUUAAGAUGUACCUGAAUACAGCAAGUUAUGAAGAGCAGUACUGGAGUUCUUAUGGAAGUGAAUAUAAUAAGUGGAUACAUCUGUCUCUUUGCUUCUUCGGAAUACGUCAACCAGCUUGGUGA